AUGGCAAAGGGUGCUGGCAGCGUUGGCGGGCGGGCGCUGGGCUGCGCUGCGCAGCGCUUUGUUCUCGGGAGGGUUUCGCCGCCCGCGAUAAGGCGCGAGCUCUGGUUCGCAAAGUUAGCGAGGAGAGGAUGCGAAAAUGAGAAAAUCCUAGAGCAAGGUUUUGCGCAGUGUAUAUCAAAACGGGUUUGCACGUUCCCCGCAGUCCCAUGCAAAGCCUGUCGUCCUCUUGUCUGUCCGUCUGCAGGUUACGAGGGCACGGGGUCGGUCCUGAUGUCCCCUGUUCCCCACCAGAUGCUGCCCUAUAUGAACGUGGGCACUUUGUCCCGGACGGAGCUGCAGUUACUGAACCAGCUGCACUGCAGACGAAAAAGACGGCACCGGACUAUCUUCACUGACGAGCAGCUAGAAGCUCUGGAAAACCUCUUCCAGGAAACGAAAUACCCAGACGUAGGCACCAGGGAACAGCUGGCCAGAAGGGUGCAUUUAAGAGAGGAGAAAGUGGAGGUUUGGUUCAAAAACCGCCGGGCAAAAUGGAGGAGGCAAAAGCGAUCAUCCUCGGAGGAGUCAGAAAACGCACAAAAAUGGAAUAAAGCUUCCAAAGCGUCUCCCGAGAAGAGGCAAGAAGAAGGGAAAAGUGAUUUGGACUCCGACAGCUGAUAACCUCGCGGGGGGGGACAUUUCCCGUGGACUGUAGGAUGCGCUCCAGAGGAUGCUACUGUCUUGCACAAGCUCUGCCUUGUCGGAGGGGGAAAAAUAUAUAUAUAUAACUGUAUAUAUUUUACAUGGGCCCGCGUUGAUUUCGUGUAAAUAAAAUGUGUUGCGGAGGUGUUGC